AGUCUACAGUGUUUAACGUGCCUCAGGAACAGUCCAAAAAAUGUCGACACGUAGCUUCGAUAUUUACGCGUUUAGGGGCUAAUGUUAAAUGAAGAAAUACGAGCACCCCCCGAGGAACAGCUGAUCCAUUGAGCAGGACCCCUGAAACACCGCCACCCCUCUCAAGCAUCGAUCCGCGGCUCCAGACAGACGACACAGAUUCGGCGUGUGUGCACCAGCACUAUCCAAGCAAAGCAAUUUUUUGUGGUGACGCUCCACUAGUUUGAGGCCUGGGUUUUGGUUUGGCUUCACCGAGAAAGCUACGAUAACCUGCUUUGGCCGUCUCCAGAAAAGGGGACUCUUUAUUUCCCAAAGACCCUUAUAUCGACAGAGAAUGUCAGAAGAGGAUUUCCGAACCUUUACCUCGGUCAUGGACGCGCUGGUUCGCAUUAGUUCCAACAUGAAGAAUAUGGAACUAGAGCUACUUUGCCCAGUGUGUGAUGAGAUAGUGAAGCAGCCUGUCCUUCUCCCAUGUCAGCAUAGUGUGUGCUUGCUUUGUGCGGCUGAGGUGUUGGUACAAAGAGGUUAUCCCCCACCAGACCUCCCUCCAGAGCCUAUCUCACCAGCCUCCACACCCAACACUCGCUCCCCGCGACAGCCACGCAGACCCAUACCCAGAACGCCUGACCGACUGGAGCGGGUGCUCGGAGCAGUGUGUGGGUCGUAUCCAGGGCGGAGACGGAAGGAUGCAGCCCCUCCCCCCAUGCUGUUUCCCUGUCCUUCCUGUCAGCAGGAGGUGGAGCUCGGGGAGAGAGGCCUGACAGACUGCUUCCGCAACCUCACUCUGGAUCGCGUUGUGGAGAGGUACAGACACACAAUAAGCCUGGGCAGCGUGGCCAUCAUGUGUGGUUUCUGUAAACCUCCUCAGUCUCUGGAGGCCACUAAGGGCUGUGCUGACUGCAAGUCCAACUUCUGCAACGAGUGUUUCAAGCUCUACCACCCCUGGGGAACACCUCGAGCUCAGCAUGAACACAUUCUACCCACCAACAACUUCAGGCCUAAGGUCCUCACGUGCACAGAGCACGAGCAGGAGAGACUGCAGUGGUACUGCCGUAGCUGCCAGAGGCUGCUUUGCUCACUUUGUAAACUCCAACGUGUCCACCAUGGGCACAAAGUUUUGCCCAUAGCACAGGCCUACCAGGCCCUCAAGGACAAGAUUGCCAAGGAAGUCAGCUUCAUCCUGGCCAAUCAGGAGACCAUACAGAGUCAGAUCACUCAACUGGAAGCCGCUAUCAAACUGAUGGAGGCGAACAGUGCAGUGGCUCUGCAGCAUCUGACUCACAGCAUCAGGGAGCUGGGAGCAGCUGUUGCUGAGCGCCAGGGCUCCUUAGCUCUAGCCCUGGAGGGAUCCCGCAGCAGAAGAGAGGACGCCCUGUCCACUCAGGUGUUGGAGAAGCAGGGCCUGCUGGAGCAGGCGGGUCUGCUGGCGUACUCUCACGAGCUGCUCAAAGAGACUGAUGCUCCCUGCUUUGUACAGGCAGCAAGAGUAACACACAGCAGACUGGUUAGGGCCAUAGAUAAUCUGCAGUGCUUCUCUCCUGCUGCUGAUACAUCCUUCAGACAUUUUCACUUGGAUGCAUUGAAGGAAGUUGAGCUCAUUGAGAGUUUGGAGUUCAUUAAAGCUCCCGUCGCUCCGGUCAUCGACACUCAGAAGACACUGGCUUACGACCAGCUGUUUCUGUGCUGGCGUCUCCCUCAGGACUCGGCCCCAGCAUGGCACUUUUCCGUGGAAUACCAGCGCCGAGCUGGAGGAGCUGGGGCAGCGUGGGGCGGCAUCAGCUCCCCUAACUCUUCAACACCGUGGCUGCGACUGAACGAAGUGAAAGGGACCAGUGCCGUGAUUGAUCGUCUGCUGAUGGACAGCGUGUACGUGCUCAGGGUGCGAGGCUGCAACAAGGCUGGGUUUGGAGAGUACAGUGAAGAGAUUUUCCUCCACACGCCACCUGCACCUGUCUUGAAUUUCUCCUUGGACUCUCGCUGGUGUUUGCAUGCGGACCGCUUGGCACUGGGGAAAGGCCAGACCUACGCCCGCAGCGUGCCAGGCCUCUCCCUCCUGCACGCCGCCGACCGCACCCUCACCUCUUGUCACUUGUCGUCUGACCUGUUGGUGGCAGACUUGGCCGUCACUGAAGGCAGACACUACUGGGCGUGCUCUGUGGAGCCUGGGUCCUACUUGGUGAAGGUGGGUGUUGGGCAGGAGGCUAAGCUACAAGAGUGGUUUCAUCUCCCCCAGGACAUGGCAAGCCCCCGCUGUGACCCAGACAGUGGCCAUGACAGCGAGGCAGAGGACGGUCAAGACUCCCCUCCCUUAUUCUUCCUCACCAUAGGCAUGGGAAAGAUCCUGCUCCCACACGGACACAGUCACACCCAGAGCCAGGGGGACAGCCAGAGCCAGGGAGGCUUGCAUUCCCACAGCGGCCGCAGCAGCAUGCCAUACCCUCACACAGCUCCUCUCCCACCCCGACUGGGGGUGUGUCUAGAUUGUGACAAAGGACGAGUUUCCUUCUACGAUGCGCACUCCUUGCGUAUCCUGUGGCAGGGACACUUGGAUUGCUCUGCUCCAGUGUGUCCAGCCUUUUGUUUCAUUGGCGGUGGAGCACUGCAGCUGCAGGACCUUGUGGCCAAUCGGAGAAUUGAAGAGCUGCCACCGCGGAGGGUAACCAUUCAAACACGAGCAACAAAUAAAUCAAAGUAAAUAAGCAGUCAGUGGACAGAGUUCAGUGAGACAUCAUGUAGAGAUAAAGGUGGUGUGAUAGUUAAUUGAUCUUAUCUAAUGCUGAUACUCGACUGAACUGUCACGGUUGAAAUACAACAGUUUUUGUUUCCAGUGAGAUGUUUGAGCUCCGACUAGAAAUAUCUGAUGUUUUUUUGCAUUUGCACUUGGCUUGAACGUGAAAUCUCUCUGCUGGUUUAUUUUUACUUUUCUUCUUCUUUUUUCAGCUGUUUUUCUCCUCAACUUAGCGGUUCUUCUAUGGACAUUGUGGCUGACAUGAUUUUAGACUAUGCAGAAUUCUGUUGACAGGGUGAGCCAGAUUCCUUAAAAGCAGGUUGAAAUCAUGUAUCGAUAGAAAAAAAAAAACAACACUCCCUUUACGCAGGUCUCAUUUUGACCCAGAAUGAUGGUACAAUAAAAGUUGCAUGCAUGUGUAACAAAGACUCAUAACUCUCAUAUAUGCAGGUAACUGACUGUCUCCUCAUGAAAACACCUCAGAUGUACCCUGUGUCUAAUUUUGUAUCUUUAAUUUUUUUUAUGUAGCUUCAGAACUGUUAUUAUGAUUCUAACUGAAUUUGGAUAUGAAUGUUUGCAGGUUGUUAAAGGUGAAGGUCUUCCUGUCUCUGAAUUACACAUGGGAGUCUGAAAAGACCUGUUGAGUCUUUUUUGGUUGGUUUGUUUUUUGUUACACUUCUGCAUUUCAAAAGUACUUGUGGAGCUGCGUAAUUAUGCUCACAGUUGCCUUUGUGCUUUCACAUUACAAUACAAGGUUUCUGAAUGAAAGAUGCUUUUUUUGCACUCAUUCACUUGUAAACAUGCGAAUGCAGUUCAGUGUUUUAAAUUUUAAACUAAAGUCAUGAAUGUCUAGUAUAUUAAAAAAAGAUGUGAUGUCUGAAUAAUUUGCAAAUAAAUAUUUACAAUUUCUUAAAGGCGCAUCUUAACGGGAAGGUGAUCAGCUUAGGAAGACGGCUCCUAUUUUCUAAACUUUGGUUGAAUCUAAACUAAGGUUUUCUAUAGUUUUUUGUUUUACAACAUUAUCUACAGUAUUUGUUUACUACGGUGUCAUAUAAAAGCCCAUUAAACUUAUUUAAAUAUUAUCACAAUUAUAUUUUCCAACUGACAAUGGCUUAGACUGUAUUUGGAUAAGUGAUGUGGUUUUCUUGUGGGUAAGGUGUGUGUUUGAGUCCUGGCUGAGCCUUUAUUGCUCUUACAUUUGUUCUCCAUGUUUGUUUAUUUGUCUCCAUGAAACGAUUGUCCCAAAGUACCCUGACUAGUCCCCCGAGGACGAAGAUACCCAGGCUGAAUGAGGCACAACCACAAACCAUGCAGAUGCUUUUAUCUGUCUUUCUGUCUUAUGUGUUCAAUUUGAGUUAUUUUACUUCUCUUCUCAUUUUGUGGUCAUUUUAGAGUGUUUUAUGUAGCAUUGGUAUGAUUUGUGCAGCUUUUUGCCAUUGAUUGCAUUUCAUAGGGUGAUUUCUGUGCCAAACUGGUAUUUUUAUGCAUCUUAUUCACCACUUUGUCUUUUACUUAAUUAAUGUGUUUCUCUUUUUGGUAAUUUUCCAUUAUAUUUUGAACACUUUUGCAGCUUUUUAUGGUUCUUUCUUUGUUCAUUUGUGGUUUCUCCUUGUUGUAUUUUACAUAUUCUCAGUAGAUAUAUCCUCUGUUGUCUCAGUUUGCUUUAUGUUGUGUCUCUAGAGCACAUAUCCAGGGUAACGCCCGGGUCCUUCAGGCCCUGAUCCUGCUUGGUAAUCCCUCCAUGAAUGUCCACCUUGAGUGAAUUUCCUUUGACUUGUGUGCCAGCACAGUACUUGAAUGCGUUCAAACUGUAGUGUUUCACAUUUUAAAACUCCAACCUUUGAUUUUGACUUGCAAGCAUAAUGUUUUAA